UGUCCUUCUAUUAUUUGGGAAACUAGACCUGGGGAUCUAGUUAGGAUCCAGAUUCUCCUGUUCUGCUUGAAGAGUAUCCGGAGUUCCUGACCUAAGUACCUGGUUAAACCAGAUUCUCAAGGUCUUAAGAGUACCUGGAGUUUGGCCUUAGGAUCUAGUGAAACCACCAUUCUCCGGAUCCAAGGAUAUGAUGUAGUUUUAAAACCAGAUUCUCCAGAUCUGAAGUGUACCUGGAGUAGUGAUUAGACAUAUAGGAGUACCUGGAGAUUUCAUCAGGCAUAUAGGAGUACCUGGAGAUUUCAUCAGGCAUAUAGGAGUACCUGGAGAUUUCAUCAGACAUAUAGGAGUACCUGGAGAUUUCAUCAUUCUGUAUUUCUCAAGAAGUUGAGGUGUGCACUGUGUAAGGGGUUACAAUGGGAAAUAUUGCCCUGCGGAGUAAGAUUAAAACCAAGUUCUCCAACAAGUUCUCCAGGUCUAAGAAUAAACCUGAGAUUCCGUCUCCUGGAGUUAAGGAUGAAAAGGAGUGUGUGUCGUUGUUGGAGAGGAUGACAGAUGAUGAUUUCAUGUAUUUUCUAAAGUUUCUGUCAAAGAAGGAUAAGAUGGCUCUAAGAAUUGUAAACACAACAAUGUUGAGAAGAAUAAAUGAGCUGGAGAAUACCUUCAAGGUGUGGAGGCCGGUUCAUGGAGUAGAUGCCAUCAAGCUGAGAAGAUUAGCAGAUGAAAUACAGAUUGUUCAAGAUUUGGAGAUUUCUGUUUUUCCUUUGGCUGGUUGUGGUCCAGUAUUUAAGUAUUUGACGGAGAAACACCAGGAACUGAAAACCAUCAACAUUGAUGCGGUUUACAGUUUGUCUUCUUUCGUGGAGGACGAGGAUGAAAUCCUUCUGUCCGUAUUCUCCGUAAUAAACAUGAGAACUGUAUAUAUUACUGGGAUCAGGAUGACUACUGGAGAAGUAUUAGAUCAGCUCCGGGUAUGUAUUCCGAACCUGGAAAAACUAAACCUUGUCAAAUGUUCUGCGCUAACAGAUCUUGGAAUCUAUGAGAUACUAAGAAUCUCUGGAACUAGCCUAAGAGAGUUGAGUUUAGCAAAAUCUUGUUUAACCGGAAUAAAGUUAAAAAACAAGGAAGUAUCUCUGGUAAACCUGGAGAAGCUGGACUUACAAGGUUGUUCUUAUCUCACCAACAUCGGACUCUGGAAUAUUAUUAGAAUAUACGGAGAAAACCUGAAAGAGUUGAACUUGUCUGAAACUGUCAUCACGGGAAUAUUUCCAGAACAAGGACGGAUUUGUCUCCCAAACCUUGAAAAGUUGAACUUACACAAGUGUUCUCGGUUUACAGAUAAAGGGUUGGAGCGGAUCCUGAGUAUGUGUGGAAGUAAUCUCAGAGAACUUGAUUUAUCUGAAACUGGUUUAGUCGAGUGUUCUUUUGAGUCGGAUACAGUAGAGCCUCCUAAUAUCGAAAUAUUAAACCUAUCAAGGUGUUCAAAACUGACUUACGGAGGCUUCUCUAGGAUUUUGAAACUCUGCCAGAAUUCUCUGAGAGCAUUGUAUUUGCAGGAAACUGGAACCACCAGAGCAGGGUUCCAGGACGGGUUUGACUUCCUUCCUCUUUUAGAGAAACUUAGUUUGAAAUCCUGGCAUAAUCUAAGAAUGUCAGGACUCAACGAAAUACUGAGAAUUUCAGGAUCUAGUUUAAUAGAAUUGGAUUUAUCCGAGAUUAAAACUACAGGGAUCGGGUUCAGCUCCGGGUUGAAUUCUCUCCCAAAUUUAGAAAAGCUGAUUCUAGGUCACCAGUCUACUCUGGAGGACCAAGGAAUCCGGGAGAUUUUAAAAACUGUCGGAGACAAACUCAAACAAUUAAAUAUCUCCGCAACGAAUAUUUCCGGAGUUGGAUUCAACCAUGGAUCCAUAUGUUUCCCAAAUCUGGAGAUUCUAACCCUAGAGUACUGCUUCAACCUGACGGAUAAAGGUCUCCCAGACCUGCUCAGUAUCUCUGGGAGUAAACUGAGAGAACUGUAUCUCUCUGGGAGUAGAAUAACAGGGAAAGGUUUGAAGAAGAAGCUGAGACCUUUACCGAACCUGGAGAUACUAGGACUGAUUGACUGUCGGACCAUGACAAAACGAGGACUGAAGGAGAUUAUGAAGGUGUACGGAUCUACGGUAAAGUCUGUUUAUGUUCACGGAGCAAAAAUGUCCCCGGAGCAGUUUGAAAAGGUUCAAAGAAGAUACGCAAGUGUUCAAAGUAUGACUUACAGACAGUUCUAUUCUGAAGUUCAAGGAAACCCUGUUUUCUGAUAAAUUUUAGAAACAUAAACUUUUCCCUU